CCCGUCCUCUGUAUUCCCAGGACUGUCCAGAGGAGAAGCUCCCAGAGAUCCAUCAGAUGACAAAUCAUGGGGAAGAUCUGAUAUUAAAUAUUAAAGUGGAGGAUGAAGAAGAGCUGAUGAUGGGCGAUCCCCCGUGUAAGAGUGAGGAGGAGGAGGACAUUCCAGGAGAUGUGACCACAGAAAAUCCCAGUAAGAAGCCUAAAGGAAACGCCAUGUUAUCACGGAAUUGUAAGGAAGAAGAUCAGGAUAUCGUGCAGUGCACUUCAGGAGAAAACCACAUGAAUCUGAUUUUAUAUCCAGGACUUCACAGUGCAGAUGCAUCAUAUAAUCCCUUUAAUCAAGAGGAACCUUCUCCUGAUCAAUCACAGAUUAUUACCCCAAAUAUAGGGCAGAAAGGGGGUAAAAUGUUUCAAUGUGGGGAAUGUGGAAAACAGUUCAGAUAUAGCUCAGGUCUUACUUUACACAUAAGUAGUCACACAGGAGAGAAGCCGUAUUCAUGUUCACAGUGUGGGAAAUCUUUUGUAAAUAAAUCAGAUCUUUUAAAUCAUGAGCGAAUUCACACAGGAGAGAAGCCUUAUUCAUGUUCAGAAUGUGGGAAAUGCUUUACGAGCAAAUCACAACUUGCUAGACAUCAGAGAAUUCACACAGGAGAGAAGCCAUAUACAUGUUCAGAAUGUGGGAAAAGCUUUAGAAGCAAAUCACAACUUGUAAGACAUCACAGAAUUCACACAGGAGAGAAGCCUUAUUCGUGUUCAGAAUGUGGAAAAUGUUUUACCCAGAAAUCUAAUUUUGAUCAACAUAAAAGAAUUCACAAAGGAGAGAAGACAUAUUCAUGUUCAGAAUGUGGAAAAUGCUUCACAAGUAAAUCAGAUCUUGUUAUACAUGAGCGAAUUCACACAGGAGAAAAGCCAUAUUCAUGCCCAAAAUGUGGGAAAUGCUUUACAAAUAAAUCUUAUCUUGUUAGACAUCAGAGAAUUCACACAGGAGAGAAGCCGUAUUCAUGUUCAGAAUGUGGGAACAAUUUUAGAGAAAAAUCAAGUCUUGUCAUGCAUGAAAGAAUUCAUACAGGAGAGAAGCCGUAUUCCUGUUCAGAAUGUAGGAAAUGUUUUAGAGAAAAAUCGAGUCUUGUUAGACAUGAGAAAAUUCACACAGGAGAGAAACCAUAUUCAUGUUCAGAAUAUGGAUAAUGAUUUAAGAGCAAAUUAAUACUUUUACCCCAUCAGGUCAUUCAUUUGUACUUUAUGUGAACAUAAUAAACAUCAAGAUCUCUAAGUGUAA